AUGGCUCGCUUGAAACAGUUGGAAGAUGCUGAGAGGCUUCGAUCAAUGCAUCCUGCAGGCAAGGGUGACACCGUGUCUAAUCUAGGAAAAUGUAGUGAGGAUCAGGUACCUGGUUCAACCAGAACAAAUAUUGAGAAACCAGAUCAGAGUGGCCGGUUGGUAGUCAGAGAUGGGAGGAGUCGGUAUGUUGAUGAUGAUGCUUCUGUGAUAUUUGGAGAUAAGAUCCAAGAGCUGCGGGAUGUGGUUGAAAGUUCAUCGUCGGAGGAUGAUAUUAAGACAGAAGAUAUCUUGGGACCAUUUGGCCUCCCGCACGGAGGCCUUGUUGGAGAUACUAAUUGGACCAACAUGAGUUCUCAAGGGUUCCAUCCUCAUUCAGCCCAAUUAUCCAUGUUGUGGCGUAUCUACCAAACUCACGUUCACCCGUUGAUUGCUGUCCUGCAUGUACCAUCAGUGGAGCAGAUCGUGCGCGACUCAGCUGAUGGCAUCGCUUUAGAGCCCGGCAGCAGAUCCCUGAUGUUAUCUGUCUGCUUUGCUGCUGUCGUUAGCAUGGCACCUGAUCAGUGUGCAUCAGUACUUGGACAAUCGCAUGACAUAGCCAUUCAGGGCUUGAGUGUAGCUGUGAACGGGGCCUUAAAGCAGGCCAACUUUAUAAGGUCCCAAAAUAUCUCUGUUCUUCAAGCAGCGGUGGUCUUUCUGCUGUGCUUUCGCGUAGUAGGUGACACAAGGAUUGUAUGGGCUGAAGCUGCCGUGGUUGUGCGUAUCGCUCAGGGCCAGGGUAUUCAUCGUGAUGGAUCAAAAUUUGGCCUAAGCCCUUUCGAAACAGAAAUGCGUCGACGAUUGUGGUGGCAUGUCUGUAUAUUAGACAUGCUUGCUUCAGAGGAUCAAGGAACCGAUACCCAGAUCAAACCAGACACGUUUGAUACACGUCUCCCCUCCAACGUCGAUGGCUAUGACCUAGUCCCGGAUAUGACAGAGCUACCAUCCGAGAGAAUGGGGUAUACUGAUAUCACUCUCUGCAUUAUCAACUGCCAAAUUGCGGCUAGCGUCUCCCAAUUGGGUCCUUCCUUCGGUCGGGAUUCGAAGAUAUCAAUUAGUGACCGGGAGGCCCACGUCAAAGCUCUAGCAUCUCGUCUUCAAGACCACUAUCUGGACCAUUUUGACCUUGGAGUUCCUAUACAAUGGAUGGUCGCAACGAUCGGUCGGCUCAUGCUGUCGAAAGUAUGGUUGGCGAUCCACAUACAAAAGACAUCAAAAGGCGUCAACGAGUCGGCUUCCACGAAACAAGUAGCCGAUCCUAUCUUCCAAACCGCCGUCGAAAUCACCGAAUUUGCUUAUUUCUUGCAGGAAAAUGAAACUACUGCACAUUUUGCCUGGUUAUGCCGAAGCUACAAGCAGUGGCACGCCUUAGCUUACGUUCUGUCGGAACUCUGCGCUCGGGACAUCAGCCCGGAAACCGACCAUGCCUGGAACGUGGUAACCAAUAUGUACAAUAAGUGUGUGAAAGAAGCGCCUGUGACAUACUCCCUGUUCCAAAAGCCUCUGUCGCGGCUGAUGGAGCGCGCCGCCACGGCUAGGGCUGAAAAACUGGGAAUUUCUCGUGAGGUCCUAGAUGAUCAAUCGGCAGGGACUUUGGAGUCAAGUAUGGGGGCCCUGAAUAGUCAAAGCAAACAAAGCCUGUUCCCUCCCAUGCCAAACGUUCAUAAUUCAUGGCAUAUUCCUAACGGUGACGAGUCUACCGAACCAGUUUAUUUCGAUAGCACUGGCCUGAUCCGCGAAGUGUCUGCCUCUGGAAUAACCGACCAUCUUUACUCUAACAUAGACUGGCUCUUUGAGCCCCUGAUGUGA